AUGACGGGAUUCAGACUGUUCCUAACUAUAAUUUCAAUACUCAUCCUAUUUCUUACUCUCGUAUUUUCUACUAAUGUGCAGCCAAUGCUAGAGCCAUGUAGCUGCAAUGGUACCAUUACCACCCGAUUUGACGAUAUGUGUAUAUGUAAUGGUUGCCAAAGUAUCAAAGUAGCAUAUAUUGGCUAUCUCCGUCAAUGCCCUCCAGAGAAGACUACAAAAUUGAAUUCGAUAUUCGCUCAAAAAUGUCAAGGUAUUGAAAAUACAGAAGAUUGUGAAUACUUCAAGCGACUUCCGGGCAAAAUUCGCGAUGAUUACAAACGAUGUAAAGAUGACCUCGACUCCGUUCAUGAUGACUGUGAAAACUGUGCAGGAUGUAGCUUUCCAAAUACUGAUUAG